AUGUUUUACAGUCACGAAGUCUUAACAAAUCGCAAGUAUGGCGUAGCGACGGUCUGGCUCGUCGCUACACUCGGAUCCAAGUCCAGCUUGAAGAGGAUCACCCGCAAGCAGAUGCUCGACGUUGAUGUAGCAAAAGCAUGUAAAACCAUCGUCGACCCUGCGGCACCUAUGGCUCUACGCCUACAGGGUAACUUGUUAUAUGGUGUAUCUCGUGUAUACUUACAGCAGUGCGGCUAUGUCCUCUCAGACGCGCAGAGUGCGCACAACACCAUGAUGCUCAUGCUACGCUCGGUGAAGAAUCAUGCACUUGACCCAGAUGCCGGCAAGGCCAGGCCCGAGCAGCUUGUCCUGCAGGACGACCCAUCCUUUCUCCCCGAGUUCGCCCUCCCGCCACCAGAACUCCUCGCAAACCUCAAUCUCGGCUUCAAUCUCGACCUCCCACGCUCCGGCGAGUCCCAAUCCCUUACUCCAUUCGGCUCACAGCAGCUAUCGCAGUCGUCACACAUCGCUGGCUAUGGCCUCGUCCUACCCAGCUCUUCCCCAAAUCGGCCAGCAGGUGUCGGACUUGAGGGCGACAAUGAUCGUCAGGGUGACAACGACAUGUUCGAUAUCGAUAACCUGAUGCAGCUCGAUGAGCCAGACUUCAUAUUUGGCGAGGACGGUGAUAUCAUCGAGCUUACCCCUGGUCAGCCUGCGCCGGCGACGCCUGCGGCUGCUGGAGGAGCGCGGAUGCACAGCGAUGCUGGGGCUAGUGCGAGGGUGAGGCAGGAACAUGAGGAGGGACAGCAGGGUGGCGACCAGGUCCUUGUCGGCAACCAAAUGGAAUUGGAUCUGCCCAUCUACGGAGACGGCUUGCCAGAAGCCGAGGCCACAUCAUCCCCCGUGGACCAACAGCACAGUGAGCCCUCCGAAGUGGUCGAGUCGUCUUCAUCAGUUGCUGCACCUAUGCGCCGUAAGAAACGAGCCGCGCGAGCCCUACCGAAGGACACAAGACUGGAGUUACGCAAUUCAGAGAUCCUGGGAUGGAACACCAACUACCUCAAGAACAUGAAGGAAGCCGCCCGCUCCAAAGUACAACAUCGUGUUCAACAACAAGCGAAGAAGAAUGCCGAGCACUAUGUCUGGGGUGCAGGCAUUGGUGGGCUUGGACGGGACACGUUUGGUGCUCAAGGCCCUCUCAGUCGCUUUAUGGGAGACAAUCUAUUUGAGCUCCUCACUGGAACAAGCAGAAACCCCAAGGCCACGCCCAAGCGUGACCGCGACAGUGGCAUCGAUGAAGCGACUCAAGAAGAGGCACGUCGCAAGCGACAGAAGACCGCCGAGCCAGAGGAAGAGGUCGGUCGUGGACAAGACGAUGAAGGACUAUUCAUGCUUGGUGGUGACGAAGAGGUAGAGCUCCCUCGCGAGGCUGUCUCUGCGCUCGACGACCAGCAGAUAUUCUCCGCUAUGCCGUGGAAUAUCAGCGCCUCCAAGCGUGGCUCCUCUGCUAUCCCUCUCAGUGGCCGUGUCACCAUGAUGAGCGAGCAAGGCAGGCAGGGUAGUCGUGCCGGAAGUCGCAUGGUGUCUGCAUCUCCAUUGCUUCGCCGCAGUACUGGUCGUCUCGGUGAGUUCGAAGCUCUGCAGAGCCUGGACAGUGAUGCACUUGGUGGAGACGACUUCGUCUUCGCAGCACCCACGUCCGAUCCGGCCGGAGCUGAGGAAGCUACCACACAACCAUCACUGCGUGUGCGCGAAGCUCUGUCUGCCGAGGGCCAGAACUUCCUCACCUUCGUCGCUGAAGCCAUCACGGAGAAGUGCACUCGUGCGCUAGCUAAUCUGGCCGAGAUGCCUGACGCGGAUCAGACUGAAGCUACGAAGGUCGAACAAGUCACAUUCGAAGAGUUACUUCCGCCUCCCGAGACUAACAAAACGAUUGCUUGCCAAGGCUUCCUGAUGCUCUUGUCCUUGGGUACGAAAGGCAUGCUCGACGUCCAGCAGCCUACUGCAUUCGAAGACAUCACAUUGAAGCUCACCGAGAAGGCAAAAGCGAUGAACACCGUUGAGGUCCAGGAUGGUGAUCAAGCGGAGCAACGUGGUGACGAGGGUAUGGAGGAUGUGCCUGCAUAUGUAGGCGCUAGUGAAGAGGAGCAACACUCGGCAUCAGAAGCUGGUGACGAUGAUGAAGUGCCCGAGCCGGAUGACAGCCACUUCCAAGAGCAGAUGACUGCUGGUCACGCCGCCGCCGGCGAUAACGAUGAUCACGAUUCCCUUUACGGCAGUCACUGA